AAAAUCAAUAUGGCAGUCGAUUCACUGACUAUUUGUUUUCCCACCUAAAAUUAACCAACACUUUAAUUUGAAAUCCAUUGGAUCAGAUAAUAGAUAAUUAUUAAUUAGGUUUCGAGAGACACUUGCGAUAAUCUCACCCACAGUUCCGUUAGGGUGGUGACAAAAAUAAACCAUUCCAGUUUACACUAUUCUCAUGUGACUUUUCUUAACGAUGUAGGAAAAGUGUGAAAUUAUUAUGACCAGUGACAAAUCUCGGAUUGAGAAAAUAAUUGAUCAGAUUAAUGCAAGUAAUGCCAAGAAAGUCGCUUUACUUUUAGUGAUCGGUUUCGUGUGUUAUCAUGGAAUUCUCCACGUCAGAUAUGGGACAAAUUCUUGCAAGUGGCUGCUGUCAGACGGUCGCUACAAGGGGGACCAGGAGUGGCAGCCCUACGGCUGCAUGCUCCACAGAUACACCAAGAUCGAUACCAGAAAAUGUUUACGGUACAUAGCAUUUUACGGCACUAGCAGCCACUUUGUGUUUAUUGGCGAUAAGAGAAUGCAAGAUUUGUAUGUAACUUUUGUUAACCACUUAAUUCAGGAUGAAGAGCGGUUUUUGCGACCACCUGAAGAUAUCGCGAAAAAUCUAACACAUACGGAUAACACGCUGAAGGUGAAGGCUGAAUUUUUUGGCAUGCCUUUUAUAUCAAAAGCAAUGAUUGAUAAAUUCAGACAGUGGCAACUGUCUAAAGAACCCCCAUCUGUGAUAGUAGCUGGAUGCGCAUUGCAAGCCAUUCAAAUAUCAAAUGCAUCACUGACUAUGGUUGAAGAGUAUAAAGUGAAUUUGACGCGACUUGUUCAACCGAUUCAUAAUCUUCACAAGAAAAAGACCAAAGUUUUGUGGGCGUUACAGGAACCUGUAAAUUCUGAGAAACUUAAGCCUGAACUACGUAUCAUCACAAAUGAAAUUAUCAACUUGUAUAAUAAAGCCGCAAUGGAGAUGUUACAUUAUUCUGAAGCCGAAAUAUGGCGUAGCAUCAGACUGGUAGGCGAGGGAAUGAUCUCCAUGAGCCCUGAUGGCAUUUACCUACCACAACGUUCUUUACUAUACGACAUCCAAAUUCUUCUAAACAUGUACUGCAAUGAUUACAUGAACUUCAAUGACGGGACUUGCUGCAGUUCGACAGAAACAUACACAACCUUGCAGAUAGUUACAUUUGCUAUUCUUGGCAUUUGUGCAAGUAUAGCCAUCGUAAUGCUAUGCACCCGCCUGAUAAUGAAAUGGCGCGGCCGCCCCAUCCACGAAUACAGCCAACUCCCCGACAACGCCCACCAACCCCCAGCCACCCCCGGCAGCUACUACAACCUCUUCACCAGUCUGGCCAAGAUGGCCCUCAUCAUGUCGUACUUUUUCCUUUGUGACCGCACGAAUUUCUUCAUGAAAGAAAAUAAAUACUAUUCCGAAUUCAGCUUUUGGCUUCCAAUCGGCUACGUUACCGUGCUAGGCCUAUUUUUCACCGAGGACAGUAAAUACACCAAAGUGUUACAUCGCGACCAGCUAAACGAAUGGAAAGGCUGGAUGCAGCUAGUCAUUCUAGUGUACCACAUCACAGGCGCGAGCCGCAUCUUGCCCAUAAACAUGCACAUCAAAGUGUUAAUAUCGGCGUAUUUGUUUCUGCUAGGCUAUGAGCAGUUUUGCUGCGUCUGGCAGAGGGGUGAUAUAGGCAUAGUUAGCUUCUUCCGCGUGCUUUUCCAGCUCAACUUCAUAACGGUGACGCUGUGUCUUUGCAUGAACCGCCCGUAUCAGUUCUAUUAUUUCGUUCCGUUGCUGUCUUUUUGGUACUUGAUGACCUACUGCUUCCUGGCGUUUCCGCCACACAUCACAGCGCAAACCUCCGAGAAUAACGUCAUGCAGUACUUCUACUUGCUGAUAAAGUUUGUUGUCUUCUUCACCGUUAUUACCAUCCUGUUCAUGUCGGAGGUUUUCUUCGAGAAGGUUUUCGUCACAAGGCCUUGGAAGGCCCUUUUCGUGACAACAGAUGACGAUAUCAGGGAGUGGUGGUUCAGGUGGAAGCUUGACAGAUACACAAUAAUCUACGGGAUGGGAUUUGCCGUAAUUCUGCUUUUGGCGCAACGUUACAACAUUUACGAUGACAACAACCACAAUAAUUUAUUUUCGAGAGGGUUGGCCUUGACUGGGAUUCUAGUAGCAAUAGCGGGGAUUGGCUGUUACUUGUCGAUAACCUUCCUCUGUUCGACUGAGCUAGAGUGCAGUGAGAUACACUCCUACAUUGUUUUUAUUCCCAUUGUGGGCUACAUUGUGUUGAGGAACAUUUCCGGGGUGUUGCGAACUCGAUAUUCGAGUUUGUUUGCUUGGUUUGGCGAAAUUUCAUUGGAGCUUUUUAUAAGUCAGUAUCAUAUUUGGCUUGCGGCUGAUACGCACGGUGUUUUAGUACUUAUCCCGGGUUAUCCGGUUUUGAAUGUAAUGAUCACGUCGUUUAUUUUUGUAUGUGCUUCGCAUGAAGUGCACCGUUUAACCAAAGUCUUGCUGCCAUAUGCCGUUCCCUACGAUUGGAAAUGUGUUUUGCGGAACUUUAUCUUGUUUUUGGCGGUGUUGGUACCGAUUGGGAUAAAUGAUGGCAUGUUCUAGGGUAUAGUCGGAAUAGAAAAGAACUGUUGUUAUUUUUGAAAAGCGCACAUUGUAAUGUACAUACGUUUUUAUAUAAUAACAUUGUAUGUAGGUUUUCGUAAAUAAAGAAAUUUUUUAUAAACGCGACAA